AUGGAUACCUCAAGAUUUAAUCAAGCUGAACAAGCUCAAAUCAAUGCCAUGGUUGAGCAAAAACAAGUGACAGAUUUCAUGAACAUGUUUACUGGUGCGGUUGAUCGUUGCUUUAAAGAGUGUGCAAAUGAUUUCACAACCAAGGCAGUGACAGGCAGAGAAGCUGCUUGUGUGCAGAGAUGUGCUGAUAGAUUCUUGAAACAUGCUGAGCUGGUGAGCAACAAAUUCGCAGAACUCUCUCAGAAUAUGAAUAAUCCAACACAAUCACCAUAG